AACUUGACCAGUCGCGUCCAUUCAUCCAUGCUCGACCUUGUUUUGAUUUGAAUUCGUCUGUUUUUUGGUGAGAAUAAUCACAUCAAUAAUCCAUCUUUGAGGAUUCUUUUUUGUGAGUUUCGAUCUGUUAUCAUUGUGGUCGGCGGUACGUUCUUUCUUCUAGUGGAGUAUCGUUCAUCGAGUGACAAGGGAUCGGAAGGAAAGAAGUUUCACAAGUUUGUUUGGCUCUCAGCGUUACGGAUUUGUUGAUGCACUCGGGGUCGGCGUUCGGCGUUCUCUUUUCCUUGCCUUCAGGAUGUUUAGACAAGGGAUCCCUUACUACUGUCGUACUAGACUCGAGUUUAGUCAUGUUUGGAUCGGUUAUUUGUAACUAAGUCUGUGUUUGACACGGGGACACGUUUUCGGUGUAUGGGUGUUCUUUUAGUUUGUCAUAGAAAAUAGACAUCAUUCUAUUCUCUCCAUCUAAUCCUGUGAGUGACGGAUCAUCGCUGCUUUAAACGUUUAGGUUUAGGGGACCGGUGAAGAAUAACAAUUGGAUUUUAAAAAUUGUUUAUACUAGGCCUACUGUGUGUGUGGGUGGGUGGGGGUGGGGAGGUCUCGCUUACGAUUCCUCUUCUUGGAUAUAAUGGAAGCAUAGAAUUUAGAAUUUUAAUUCUCUGUAUUCAACUUUUUCACUUUGAUAAAGGAUAGAGAUCUAAGUCUUGUCGAUGAUUUUAUACUUUUGUGAUGCUCAUUCGCACCCGAGCCCCUCGUCUCUUCAGCUAUAAUAGGUGCAUGAUGUAGGUUCUAGGUCCUAUAAUAAGUUAAGGACUGUCAACAGACAGAUCAAACUCUAAGAAGUUUGUUUGUUGUGUUUUUUUUUUGUUUUUUGCUUAUUAAAUGCCAGCUAAUUUGAUUAGAUUUCUAGAUUUAGGUCCGUGUAAUUUUGUGAACGAAGCAAAAAAAUACGAAGGAGUAAUGUAUAUAUUUUUGUUAAAUGUUAAAUCUACGUGAUCAUUUUACAGCACUUCACUUCAUGUCUCUGUAAUUAUACGGUUUGGAAUAACAGAACAAAUUCAGUCGUAAACCACAGGGCCUUGUGUGAAGUUUUUGACACGCGAUGUGAAAAUAAAUGCUGGCAAAACAAUCACGGGAUUUUCUAUUGUGUAGCAACACGCCGGGCAUACGCUUCUACUGUGCAGCUUGUUUUUAUUAAAACCACUCCUUGUAAACGCGUGCAUCGACAUCAAGCAAGUCUGGAUCAUGUAUUGUAUAGCCCUCUUUGAAACCAACCGUGCAGUUCUUUGAAGAAAGAGGGGAUACAAAUUCAGGCGUUCCUGUUGUGAGAAUUGGAUUAAUUUCCGAUGACAAAUCCUUGGAGUGGCCCAGACUACGUGAAUUCGUGGAUUACAAUUUUUUUUUGUGUGGUUUUAAUUUUCGAGUAGACGUUACUCCCUGACUCAGCCAGAAAAAUCUUUCUAUCAUGGCCACGGGAGGUGGGUCACCAUGCCCUGAGGUGGCGCCCGAGGGGGCAAAACGCAAAGUAACGCACAGGAAUAAUCCACUGCUGAGCGAUGACCCUACUAUCCGGGAUUACACAAGUGCUGUGAACGCUAACAACGGACCCAGAGUGGGCGACAAAGGUCAAGGCCUGACGGAUACCUCCAGAGGAUGUUCCAAAUGUGGCCAAUGUCCAGGACUAAGUGUGCAUUAUUGGAG